UUUUAGUUCGAUACUGUACCUCGACUGAAUAAGUCACGGAGGACUCGUUUAUUGUUAAAAAUACACGUGCGGGUUAUUUAAAAUCAGUGGUGUUCAGUGAAAUUUCUGUGCGUAGUGAUGCUCCUUAAUCUGUGUUUCGUUUUAGUUUUAUAUAUGGUAGCUGUAUCAAUGUAAGUAGGUGGUGCAAAGAUAACAAUCGCAGUGUAAUCAUUGUCACUACUCGUACUAGAAGAGCAUUAAUGCCGAUGAAGCGAUAAACGUAAUAAAUGACAACCUUCAAAUUCUAAAUCAAGCAUAAUGUAGCAAUUUAAAUCCUAACUACUGAAAAACAUUAAUUAUCGAACUACCGGAAAACUAUACUACAUAUCUAUGUAAUCUCUAAUGUUUAGAUUAGCAUUGAUUUCUAUUUAAAAACUAAUCACUUGUAAAGGACUAACGUCAUUAUGUGAACGAUUGUUUCGUUGUGAAAACAAUUUAAUGUUAGAAAGACUGUAGUAAUAAAAAAAACAGCAAAUAUGGAUAAGAACAAUGUAAAUUUGGUCGAGAAUCAUCCAACAGAGGAUAAAAAGAAGAAUGUAGGAUGUUGGGCUCGAUUCAAGAGUCUGUUCGAAGACAGAGGCUUCGAUCUAGAGUAUGAAUAUUGCCAGGAAAGCUUAAGCUCAAUGAGUGUUCUUGGAGAAAAUCAGAGUGUACAAGAAUAUAGAAGAAUAACUGAGAGAAAAAGACCUUCAAGUAUCGUUAAAGCGACAUUACAGAACAAUAAUGUAAAUAAAGCUGACAACGUUACCGCUGAAGUUAUUAAUUUCUAUGAACAAUUCACAAUUGUCAGUGAUGAGAAGGAGGAUCCUGAUGCUUGGGCCAAGUCUGUUCGGCGCAGGGUUUCAAUGAGACCUAGCGCUAUUCUUACUAACAUAGCUGAGGAACCAGACGAUGAAAUUGAAGAGAACAGGUCGCCGCCGCCCGCCAACAUUCCCAAUGCCAUGCUCUACUCGCCGCCCGAGCCCUUAGAGUUACUAUGCGUGUUCCCGGAGCGAGCAUCGCGCGUUUGUGCGGCUGCAUGCGCGGCGGUCGCGCGGGCAGGCGGCGAGGCGCGCUCAGUGCGAAGCGCGCGCGACACGCUCGAGGCGUUACGACGCGAUUCCGACACCAAACAGCCGCACGUUAUCGUCGUAGACGCGCGACAACCUCAGACGCUAGACGCGUUUCUACUCGCCAGAGCUGUUCGCGGAACCAAGAACACCCAGCACAUAAUACUAAUCGCUGUCGUCAAGAAAAGUGUUUACCUGAAAGAUGACUUCGCAGUACUGCCCUAUUUGGACGCUGGUUAUAAUCGAAUAAUGGUGGAGACACUAAGUGCUACAGCGUGGUGCGCUGAAGUGCUGCAGUCGCGGGCUGCUGCAUCCGCUGCACGGGCUCAGAUAGCAGCCGUGGCAGCGCUCGCAGCCGCAGCCGACCGCUGCCGGGAUCUCAUAGCCGUCACUGAUGAACAGCAGAAGAUCCUUCUGGCGAAUAAGUCCUGGUCUAAAGUCCUGGGAUGGCGCGUCGAAGAAGGUCCGAAGCAGCUGUCUGACACUGCUGGGGGCGAAGCCCUGAGGCUGGCUACUAGUGGUGCUCGUGACUGGGAGGCUCCCAUCACACUGCGCCGCCGGACCACUCCAGAUCCUGUCCUGGUACCCUGCCGAGGAGCUGCUAUUGGGCUUACUAAGAGUACCUCUCACGUGGUGUUCGUGUGUGAGCCUAUCCACGCGCUGGAGACCGAGCGCGGCAGAGGAUCCUUGCACUCCAUCCGGCGAGGAUCCCUCGAUGUACGCUCCGUCGCAUCCGAUGGCCUGCGGAGAACUUCUCUUGCAAAGCUCCAAGGCUUGCCGCUUGAAGCCCCUAUUACGAAGGUGAUAUCGCUCUUGUCCACGGCUACUGAGGGGGCUCCUCCGUCGACGGUGGCGUACAUCGAGAGGGCUGUUGACAUGCUAAGGACCUCCGAACUCUACUCUCCACAAAUGAGGGAUGAUCCCAAAAUGCGUGUCGAAGAUCCCAUCGCUACCGACCUCAUUGGAGCUCUACUGUCGAGGGAGCAAGUGAAUACAAACUUAUACUUUAUGCAGGGACCGACGAACACGCUGUCGUCUCGCCGAAGCAGCAACGACUCCACAGUCGUCAGGUCGCAGACAAACAGGAGCAACAUUAAACACAAGACGACAGGCCAACUUCGAGAGCUAUUAGAUACGGCUUUAAGCUGGGACUUUGAGAUCUUCAAGCUAGAGGAACUGACCCGUGGAAGGCCACUGGCUCACCUUGGUCUGGCGCUCAUGGCAGGAAGGUUCGACAUCUGCUCGGCCCUGGAGUGUGACGAGCGCACUCUGCUGCACUGGCUCACCAUCGUGGAGACCAACUACCACGCUGUCAAUACUUACCAUAACUCCACGCAUGCUGCCGAUGUGCUUCAGGCUGUAGCGUACUUCCUGGAGAAGGACAGGCUGAAGACGGUCCUGGAGCCGCUGGAAGCCGCAGCUGCCCUGCUGGCGGCGGCGGCGCACGACGUGGACCACCCGGGCACGUCGUCCGCCUUCCUGUGCAACGCGCGCCACCCGCUCGCCGUGCUCUACAACGACGUCAGCGUGCUCGAGUCGCACCACGCCGCGCUCACCUUCAAGCUCACUCUCAAUGAUGAUCGAGUGAACAUCUUCAAGAACUUGGAACGCGACACGUACAAGCAGGUCCGGCACAACGUGAUCGACAUGAUCCUCGCCACGGAGAUGACGAAGCACUUCGAACAUCUCGCCAAGUUCGUCAACGUCUUCUACGCCAAGUCCAGCGGCAGCAAGGAGGAUAAUAUGCAUACUGAUCAAGAGCCACUAGCUCUGGACACGACGGCGCUGUCACUGCCGGAGAACGUGGUGCUGGUGAAGAGGAUGAUGAUCAAGUGCGCGGACGUGUCCAACGCGUCGCGCCCGCAGAAGUUCGCCUUCGAGUGGGCUAGGAGGAUCGCGGAAGAGUACUUCCUCCAAACAGACGAGGAGAAGGCCAAGGACCUGCCGGUGGUGAUGCCGAUGUUCGACCGCGCCACCUGCUCCAUCCCGCGCUCGCAGAUCGGGUUCAUCGACUACAUCAUCAUGGACAUGAUGGAGGCCUGGGCUGGGUUCAUCGACAUGCCCGAGCUAGUGAACCACGCCCGGCAGAACCACGCGCGCUGGCACGAGCUGGACGACGCCGGCGUGACCACGCUGGCCGACGUGCGGCGCGCGCAGCGACACCUCGCGCUGCCCGCCCCCACCACCACCAACCCCCCCACCACCGGCACCACCACCACCACCACCACCGAGGAGUAGACCCUCGCCCCGGGUCCCACAGACCCAGCGACCCGCGCGGCGUCGUCCCGUGCAGGAGCGGACCGAGUAUGGAUGUCAACGUUAUAAGUCUGAAACGGAUCAUAGGCAAGCUUGCCUGACGGAUGAGUCCGAUAAUACGCUUAUUUUAUACUUAUAAUAUAUCCGUGUUAGAGUGGGUAUCACUUAAAUUAUAAUUGUUGAUAUCUACUUUUUUAAGUAGUCGUAUUUAUUAGGUAAUAUUGAAUGCAAAAUAUUUACUGCAUCGAUGUAUCAUUGGAUUUCAUUAACUGUCCACAGAUGGCAUGGUUACCUGGCUUUGUGUGUACUUAAUGUUUUAACUCGUGAGAUAGAAUGUUUACUAGUGAUGUGUUGAACUGGCCUUUAUCGUCUCUGGACUUCACCGUAUCGAAUACGCGAAGUCCGGAGCCCUCGUAAAGGCGCGUAAUGAUCUACUAAUAAAUAAAAGCAUUUUAUGACAUUAAUAGAAAAACAAAUAAAACUAUGUAAUACGUUGUGCUUCUCUAUAAUGUCUGCUGUGAUGUCGUCUGUGGAUUCACUGGACAAUCGGCAUAAUCCACUAAUGUUGUAUUCAAGUUGCCAUAUACACGGGUAGGUAUGUUAGUUACAUAUUGUGUAAUGUUAUAAUGUUUUACAAUGUCCGUGAUAUAAGUGCCAUAUUAUUGAUUGGCCAUGUUUCAUUCGUAGCGGUGUACUAUCAUUUCUCACUGCAUCCCAUGACAGAACCUCUUCACAACAUCUACAUUUAGUUACUGGUAGAAUAUGAUUCGUAUGUAGCGAGGGCACGUGUUUCUUGACAACUUUAUCUUAUAAUGUAUUAGGAUCUGGGAUUCUAUAUCAAUCUGAAGCCUUCACCCCCGUGCCCUCGCGACAAGAAUCGCACCAAACUUUAUAAAUAUUUCUCUACUCCUUAUAUUGUUAUACUAUUGAACAAUUGGUCCAUUUAUACACUUGAGCUUUCAAAGAAUUCCUAUUUUUAUAAAAAAAAACUUUUUGUAGUGCGCACUUUCGGCCUCAAUCAUAUCAAAAUUCCAAAUUUUUUGAAUGAAAUUUGAUAAAAAAUGAAAACUGUUGAACAAUAAAUCUACGUAGAUUGUUUCGUUUCAUUCCUGGGGAAUAUUUUAUAACAUUUUAUACUUAACAAUUAUAAAUGUUAAUGUUAUUUAUUAAUAGAUAUAUUAGAACACUUGAAUAUUUCUUUAAUAAAAUAAUUUAUUGUAUUCGAAUAAGGUCUAACAUAUAUUGUAUGUAAUAGCGAUUAUUGAAUGAUGUAUUCGUCUAUAUGACGCUGGUAUUUAAGAGUUGUACUAUAGUGGAUACUACGAUAGUAAUGAGAUCAUAAAUACGCUUCCUCGUGCUCAAUGUCAAUACAUAGCGGUCUAAUGUUAAUGUGUUACAAUACCUACUUCAUAUAUUACGUAGUACGAUUUGCUACUCCGAUGUACUGUAUUGAUUAGGUCGCGGUGUUCAAUCUCAUAUUAUUUAUGUGAACCUACCAAAACGUACAUAAUACGCCUACUAACAAAUUCUAAUGAUCAAAUUAGUUAAUUUUUUGUUAUAGUUAGCUCAAUUUAAUUAGAUUUUAAUGAUUAUCUAAUGUUGAUUUGGGAUUGUCCUUCGGUGGAAAUGAUUUCGUCCUGUCCCAGGGUUUAACUUAGUCUCCUACUGGUUUGUACAUGUUUGUGUUAAUGUAGACAAAUCAAGAGCUAAUCCAACUGAUUUCUAUUUAUAUUGAGUUUAAUGUAAGUUGGUCGUGUUUGAGGAAUUAUAUCUAUUAAGGUAACGGGGGCUGGACCCCCAUAUUUAAAUGUGGAGAAUAGAUAAAAUUACAUUGUUGUGAAUUUUAUAUGCGGAGACGUGUGCUAUGCAUAACUUGUAUAAGUACCAAUUAAUUAAUGUUAAUGUAAAAUGAAUAAAGAUUCAAAACACUUCGCGAAGAAGUGAUAAA